AUGUCUUCCAAAAGUCUUCCUUGGAGAAUCCGUGUUCCUUUAUUCAUAUUCUCCACCGCAGUAGCAGCCUGUUGCCGUAAGAACUACACCAUCAACCGCCGUAUCUGGAACUUCUUUGAUGCCAAAUCCCCUCCUUCUGAAACCCCAAGAGAUGGAGUCAAAACUUCAGAUAUCAUCAUUGACGCCACCCGAAACCUCUGGCUCCGUCUCUACAUCCCCACUUCCACCACCACCAUGCCUGUUGUUAUUUACAUGCAUGGCGGAGGAUUCUCUUUCUUCACAGCGGACACUAUGGCCUGUGAGAUAUCAUGCAGAAGACUAGCCUCUGAACUAAAUGCCAUCAUUAUCUCAAUCAGCUAUCGUCUCGCUCCAGAGUUUAAGUUCCCAUGCCAGUAUGAAGACUGCUUUGAUGCUCUAAAAUUUAUAGACGCAAAUUUAGGUGAUAUUCUUCCUCCUUUCGCUGAUCAAAACAUGUGUUUCCUCAUCGGAGACAGCGCCGGAAGAAACUUGAUCCACCAUACUGCAGUUAAAGCGAGCGGGUCUGGUUUCUUGCGGUUGAAGGUAAUAGGGUUAAUAUCAAUACAACCGUUUUUUGGCGGUGAAGAGAGGACCGAGUCCGAGACCCGAUUAGCUGGAGCUCCAGUUUUGAACGUUGAGCUUACUGAUUGGUUCUGGAAAGCAUUUCUGUCCGAUGGGUCGGACCGAGACCAUCCGUUAUGCAAUGUGUUUGGGCCGAAUUCGAAUGAUAUUUCGGAUGUGAAUCUUCCUGCUAUGUUGCUUGUAAUUGGAGGGUUUGACAUAUUGCAAGAUUGGCAAAGAAAGUAUCAUGAAUGGAUGAGGAAAGCUGGAAAAGAAGUGAAUUUGGUAGAAUUUCCGAAUGCGUUUCAUGGGUUUUGGGGUUUUCCGGAUUUACCCGAAUAUCCAUUGUUUAUCGAGGAAGUGAAGGAUUUCAUGCAAAAACAAUCGGCUAAAUGA